AUGUCUACUCAGCAGAAUGAAGACCAAGUGACUGUUCAUAGCUGGGCUUGUCAUGAUUUCCAGCCAAUAUCCUCGCAGGAACUCCUUGAUAAGGGGCGUUUUCUCGUUCGCGCUGCAUCUCGUGUGGACAGAUGGUUCCAGCCUGUUAUCAAAGCUUCUGCGAAUAUCAGAAGCUGCGGUGCCGCAUUCGAAUACUCUCAACAUGCGCCACGAUGUGACUCACUUGAUGUUCGGAACCAAGUGGCCAUGACCGACUUGUUGCAAGAAUGGAGCAGCGAUGUAACUGUAGAUGAAAACGAGGCGUUUCGUCUCGAAGACCUGGAGGAGUUCCAGAACAGCGACCUCACAUGCGUAUUCCAUAAACCCAGCAUCACGGCGCUAAUUCCAGCCAUGCCCCCUGCAAAUCAGCUCGCGCCAGGGCUCGAACCCAAACGAAGCCGAAAGGGAAUAAUUGGAGAAUCAUGUUCCGACGAGCCACCUAGAAAACGCCCGAGACUCGACCACUCUUCUCUCUCCAAACUCUUACCGCAGCCUCAUUUCCAUCCUUCUGUUUUCUCUGCGGGUGAUUUCUCACCUUCAGAUAUCGGACGCAAUGCGUUCUAUCCAAAACUAACAUCCAGACCGGUUCCGCCGCACACCGAAGAGGCAAUGCAAGAAUAUCUUGCCGACCCAUAUGCGAGGGGCGCCUGGAUUAUUCCAGUGCGCGGUACCCUUCCCUGGGACGACUGUACUUCAGCAUCAAUAUUGGCCGCGCCCUCUACCCUGUCACAAGAAGUUCGAAUACUGUUACCUUCAGGGCCAUCGUCACGACCUGGUCAGUUCCCCGCAGACUUGCUAUCAGAUGAGAUCACAUGGACACAUCAUGCCUUGUCGACAUUCUGGGAAUUCUUGCUCGCUAUCAGAGACGCAGGGACUCUCGGCCCCCUCUCCCUAUCCUUCCACGCUGCGCCCGUGACAGAUCCUGCGGAAUCGUCAUGGUCUAACGCGCUCCUGCCUGGCAAUCAUGAGCACUAUGGAAUUCAUCGGAGUGCGACUGACAAUUCCUUCCCACCCCUGCGCUCGCCUCUGUUUUCGGUGGAUCACAUCAAAGUGUAUCACGACACGCAGUAUACGAAGCACGUGCGAAACGUGCUCUAUGCGUGGAGUUACUCGUGCGUACUUGCGGAGGAUGGGAGCGUGCACGAUGCGCCACAGGUCAGGCAGAGGGGGAAGCGCGAAGCUUCGACAUCCCGGAUGGGUAAAGAUCUGAAUCUGCAGAAGAUCAGGAUGCUCAAAGGAGCUCGGCUGGUUCUUGUGGAUGAGAAGUCAAAAGCGGUGUUGACGUGCUGA